UUUUGAGAUGGACCGAUCCUGUGAUCCUGUGACGUCAUAGCACGGGACACUUGAUACUGAUUACAAACUACCUGAGAAGACUUCAUUCAUUCGUAUGCAAAUUGAGCACAAAUCGGAGCCAAUCAACAGAGUUCAGACAUCCCUUCAAUUAAAGUGGACGACUUUGACCAUCAGCCGGAAGGUGUGAAGUAUGCUAAUAACUUUGACAUCUGGAAGAACAUCAAUGCAAUGCUUCAUGGAUCACUGAGCAUUCCGGACAUGGGACCCACCGCCGCACCUCCUGACCAAUCAAAACAGACCAUGCACCAGAUGCCAGUACGUACACACCAAGACCCGACCCCGAGUAUCUACGAACAGCUGUACAACAGUGUGUAUUCUACUAACACCGCCUACCAGAGUACUGCCGGGGGGUACGGGAGUGCUGGCCAGCCCUACGCCAAUAACCCCUACCCAGGUUUCCAGUUGUUUUCGGUGGCCAACUCCAACCAGGCGCCUUCCCAGAAUCCCUCCAGCUCCCACCCCACCCACGCCGCCCACUCUACACAUGCGGCCCACAGCGGUCAGCCCCAGCCCCAGAUCCCUAACUAUGGGUACAGCACCCACUCCUACAAGGACAUGUACACCACCCCGCCCAAACAGUCCCGCGCCAUAAAGGGGACCAGCCCUGGAACCCCAAACAGCAGUGACUAUGGCACACUCUCCCCCCAGAGUCCCCAGAACGAGGGGGGCCUCUCCCCCGUGGAGAAAAUGAUCUACUCCACCAUUAUGCAGCAGGGAAACAAACCGACCAGGAGUUGCUCCCCUUGUGACUCCGACACAAGUGGUAUCAGCAGUGAGGGGUCAGAGGCCGCCCUUAUUGAUAUGAUGAACACAUUAAGCUUGGGCAACAGGGUCCAGCAACCGCAGCAGCAAACCACAGCACAGGAUGUUGCAGCACAGAUUUACAAUGCACAGUUGCAACAACAGCAGCAACAACAGAUUGUGAGGGACAACACCAGUGCUCUGAGUCAGGUCAUCCCCCAGGCACGGACCACAUACGGGGGAGUGGUGAACCCGUUCCUGAUGGCCAACACUGACCCAUACGCCAUAGACAGGGCGGCGAGGCUUCAUAGAAAUGCUGCUGCAAUGUGCGAGGCUACUUGCACCUGGAGUGGACAGCUUCCUCAGAAGAACUAUAAGAACCCGACCUACUCCUGUAAAGUGUUUCUGGGUGGUGUACCCUGGGAUAUCACCGAAGCUGGACUACAGUCUGCAUUUACAAAGUUUGGAUCUUUCAAGAUUGAAUGGCCAGGAAAAGAUGGGUAUGUGUACCUGUUGUUUGAGUCAGAGAAGGCAAUCCGUGGGCUGCUACAGGACUGUACACACGACUUCAGCAGUGGUGACUACUACUUCAAGAUCUCCAGUCGAAGGAUGAGGGCCAAAGAGGUUCAGGUGAUUCCAUGGGUUCUAAGCGACAGUAACUUUGUCCGCCAGCCGUCUCAGAGACUGGAUUCCAACAAGACGGUGUUCGUAGGAGCCUUGCAUGGAAUGAUGACCGCUGAGGCGCUCGCUAACAUCAUGAACGACCUGUUUGCCAAUGUAGUGUAUGCAGGCAUCGAUACAGACAAACACAAGUAUCCGAUAGGAAGUGGCCGAGUGACGUUCAGCAGUAAGAAGAGUUACAUGAAGGCAGUACAGGCAGCAUUCAUCGAGAUCAAGACUCCCAAAUUUACCAAAAAGAUCCAGGUGGAUCCGUAUCUGGAGGACUCCAUAUGCAGCCUGUGUGCCACACAGCAAGGUCCGUACUUUUGCCGUGACAUGCAGUGCUUCAAGUACUUCUGUAGGAACUGCUGGUACUGGCAGCAUGCACUGGACAGCUUACGUCACCACAAACCGGUCACCCGGAACACCAAGACCACGAACCUCAUUGCAGCCGCCUCCGUGUAAAACAUAGGAGGACUGUGGAGCCUGGAUUAUAUCCAUGAGAAUUCCAUGAUUUACAGAUGAUCAGAAGAUAAAGAGUUUUUUUCCGAUAGUGCUCAAGGAAGAGAUUAUUGUGUUCAGAGUAUUUUUUUUUUAUAAUUUAUUUUCAUUUCUUUCCGUCCAGGUAGACAGGAUAUACUCAAUAGACAUUUAUAAAUUUGUUUUAGAAAUCUCUCAAAGAAUGUGAUGUCUCUAUAUACUUGUAUAUUGUAACCAACCUUUUAGCAUUCCAUCUUUUGUUUUCAAGAUUUCAACAUCUUUUUUUAGCAUUAUUAUUUUGUGUAAUUUAAUGCCAAGUGUAAACAACUUGUCAAAAAGUCUUUUUUUUCUUUCUAAAAACCCUUUGUGUUUUUGUUUUAAUGAGAUCAUAUAAUGCAAUUAUUUUAUUUAAAUUAAUUCCAAUAUUUAAAGAUUUUAAUUCAUUUUGAUGUUUACAAAGAAACAUGAAGUGGAAAUAAAACAAAACUUGUAUAUUUAAUGUCUGUAAUUUUUACAUCUUAAAUAGGAAAAGCUAAUUUUAUUGAAUUGUGAUUAUAAAUGAAUUAUAUCUGGAAUCAAAGUUGAUUAAAAGUUGAUUUAAUUUUGAUUGUAAGUUAGUUUAAUCUUGAUUAUAAGUUGAUUUAUCCAUUUAUAACUUGAAUGUUUGCUGAUUGAAACUUGUAUAUCCGAACUUUUACAUUCCCAUCAUUUCACAUAAAAUUGAUUGUAUUCUGACUUUACUUGAUUUAAUCUUGAAUCUAAGCUGAUUAUAAGUUUAAAUUUUAAGCUGGUAGCUUUGCGAAAACCUUGCUUUAGGUAGUAGAACAAGUGCUCCCUUGUGUGCUGAAUGUAUAUAUAUACAUAUAUCUGUCCUUGAAUUUGGAACAUGUUAUUUUUAUGAACAUUAUUCAGUUUUCUUAUAUGUUGUUUGAAUAAGAGUUGAAUUCUGUUAACAUUAUUUGUGCUGAUAAAUGUUAAUGUUUAUCAUUUUUCAAGUUGGAUUCAGAAUAUGGAUCUUAGUUUUUGAUGCAAUUUUUGAUCAAACAGUGGAAGAGAAUAAGAUUUGUCCUGCUGUUUUUAGUGCUAUUCUUGUGUUCAUCCGAACUUAAGUGCUUGUUGUUUUUAGAGUGGCUGUAAUUUUGUACAUUUUUUCUGAAAUUUUGUUAGAACAAUUUUGCUGCAGGAAAAAAGCUAUUUUGAUAACUAAAUCAUAUCUUUAAAAGUUGUGUUCAUAUCAAUUCUAUAUUUGUUAUCGAUUUUGUGUUUUUGUUUGAAACAGAUUUGUAUCAAAACCAACAUUAUUUUCAUUUUUUUAGGAUUUUUGCAAGAAACUAGAGCAUUUUGAUGAGUUUAUUAUAUUGUCAAUGCAAAAUAUAUGGGUUUUUUUUUUUCUAGAAACACAACUUUAAAUAGAUUGCUUGAUAUAUUAUUUAUCUAUAAACUGACUGUAAAUGUAAUUUUUUAACAGGAAAAGGAUGUGUUUGAGUAGAUUAGAUAACCAGAAAAUGCUAAAGGUCUAAAACAGAUGAUAAAAUUAAUUUUCCUUUGUCUGGUAAUUUUUUAAAAGGAUUUUUUAAAGAAAGAAAACUUUAAGUCAUUUUAUGUGUUUUGUGGGUAAAAAUCCAGACAUUUAAAAAACACAAUUACACAAGAUGUUUUUAAAGCAAUGUUUUAUUCACAUUAAACAUAUCGGAAUAAGUUUUUUGGAAAAAGUCAAGUGCUUACUAUCAUGUGAUGAAAUGGCUUCUUAUAUAAAAAAUACUUGUGUAAAGCUGCAAAUUUUUUUUAAUUGCUGUUUUUUUUUGUGGUGUGUUACACUUUGGUGUUUGUUUCUUGUUUUGGCCCUAGCACUUGUUUUGGCCCUAGCACUUGUUUUGCACCGUUGAUUCCCUUCCUCUCUGUUAAAAAACUAAAUGAUCUAAAGAAGGUGAUCCCCAUAAAACUUGAGACACAACUAUAUUUACUGAUUUUAUUAUUAUCUACAUGGGGAUAUUUUUAUGCGCAUUGUUGUCUAAGAUUAUUGAUUUUUUCCUGUAUCUAUUUGAUAUAUAUACUUUCCUCUGGUAUUGUUUCUCCGAUGUAUGACCAAUGUGUUCAAUCAAGGCUUGGAUAAAAAAAAAUGAGAGUCGAAGUAUUAUUGUUUUAAACGAGUCAUGAAACGCCAAAAAAUGAUGCUUUAUGAUAAAUCCUUGCCAGAUAAAAUCAGUUGUUGCCGCAUUUAUUUCAUUAUUAUUGUGAAGAGGGAAAUCACCCAAUUUUACAUUAUAGUCAAAAUAUGAAUAUUGAGUUAUUCUACUUUGCAACGCUGCAAUAAAAUUAGAAGAGAUACAAAUCUGUCGCGUUCCAUAUUUUAAUAUUUGCCUGAGAAACUAAUAGUUAUUUUCUAACAAGGUUAUAUCUUCUGUUUUAUGGGUUUUUAAAUGUUACUGUCCAUUGAAUUGCAAGAAUCAAUUUUUUUUGUCAAAAAUCAAUUCAUAAUCCACUAUUUUAUCUUUCAAUCUUCUUCAAUUUUAAGCAGGUGAGUGUCUUGGAAAAGUCGGAAAGACAAAACAUUUUAGCUUUAAGUUUGAAGAAAGAAAACGUUUCUUGUACUUUCCACAUAGAAACCACUGUUUUAAUCUUUGUGUUAUACAUUUUAAUAAAGUGUGAAAUAAUAUGGUUGUAUUUUUUUCAGGAAGUUGCAAAUUUUGCACCAUUUAGAUAUUAAGAAACUUGUUUUAAAAACGUAUCUAUCUUUUUGUGACUUAUGAUACAUCUCAUAGAAUAUCAUAUUUGUAUUAUUUACAAAACUGAAAACGGUGUGGGUUUUUGUGUGGUUUUCUAUUUUUGUUUAAUCUUAUGAUGCAAAAUUAUGGAACCUUUUGUCCGAAAGCUUUGUCAUUUUUCUACGACUUGUUGGUAAAGAUUGUAUAUUAUAUAUAGUGCAGUUCUGGCAGGCAGCUUACAAUGGACAGAGUUUGAUUUUCUGAAUCUGUAGGUAACAGUAUUUUUUUCCGUACUUUUUCCCCCCAUUUUUUCUUUUUGUUUGCUCACUGCACUUUUGUUUUGAGGCCAGAUUAUUCCAAAAAAAUGAAAGAAAAAAAUAAUAAAUUUAUUUUGCAAAUCCG